AUGUCACCUGGUCAGGUCCUUGUGCUUACAGCCUUUGGCCAUGGCCAUCUCUUCCCUUCCAUGGAGCUCUGCAAGCACAUAGCCUCGCGGAACUACAAAGCUACCCUCGUCAUCUUCUCACACCUCUCCUCCUCUAUUCACUCCUCUUUCCACGAGAACCCCCUGAUCGAAGUUGUGGAGGUGCCGUCUGCUUCGCCACGGCCAGGGUUACCGGUUCACAAACAGGCUGAGACCUACAAUGAGUUGGCUCGAGUGCUUGAGGCCAUACUCUCAAGGCCUCAUCUGCAAAUGCCAACAUGCGCAGUGGUCAAUGUGUUCAUGCUCUUGGGGUGGACCAAGAACAUAUUCCAAAAACAUGGAAUUCCGACCGUCGCGCUCUUCACCUCUGGUGCUUGCUCACCUUCCAUGGAAUACGCUUCCUGGAAUGCCCGCCCAGAAGACCUCGGGCCUGGGGAGGUCCGUUUGCUCCCCGGGCUACCCGACGAGAUGGGCCUGACUCAAUUGAACGUCAAGAGAAGGCCCUUUGGGCCUUUGUUGGCAAAGGGGGCGGCCACUGCCCCUGAGCCUUCGAAGGCUGGUGGGCCGUCUCCGCGGAAGAUGGGCCCGCCAGGGCCUGGGGAGAAGCCCGAUUGGUUGGACGACGUGGACAGAGCUAUCGGGCUCGUCUUCAACACGUUCGACAAUCUCGAGCGCCCGUUUCUCAACUACCUGGCGAACCAAUUCAAGAAACCGGCAUGGGGAGUGGGCCCGCUGUCGCCGGAGAUGUACUGGAAGUCCGACAAUGGUGCCGUGGUCGCCGACGGCGAAGUCAGGAGGAGCGGGCAAUCCAGCAUCACCGAGGACGACGUCACCAGAUGGCUGGACUCAAAACCGCCCGGCUCGGUGCUUUUCAUAUCCUUCGGUAGUACUCUGAGCUUGACCCCGGAGGAGUCUAGAGGACUGGGCGGCGCAUUGGCAGAGUCUGCACGGCCAUUCAUUUGGGUGGUCCAGCCCAAUUCAGGCGGGCCUGCGCCGGGGCACUUCCCAGAUGGGAUGGACGAUGAAGUGGGCGACCGGGGCUUGAUAAUAACUGGAUGGGCUCCGCAGCUGUUGAUCCUGAGCCAUCCAUCGACCGGUGGCUUCUUAUCGCAUUGCGGGUGGAAUUCUACUAUUGAGGCCAUCUUGAAGGGGGUCCCAUUCCUGACAUGCCCGAUUCGAGGCGACCAAUACGACAACGCCAGGUGGGUCACGGAGCACUUGAAGAUUGGGCACAAGGUCUGUGAGGACCCAUCCCAGUUCGUCACGAAUAGUGACUUCGUGAAGGGAAUUGAGAGGCUAAUGGCGGAUAAAGACGUUAAGAUCAGAGCUAUGGAGCUCCGGUCUCGGUUUGGGCAUAGUUUUCCGGUGAGCUCAGGUGCUGCUCUGGAUGCUCUCUUAAAGGAGACUAGCAAUCACUAA